CUCCCAACCACACCUGCUCCUUAUUUUCUCCCUCACACUAACAGCCUCUCUCAGCCCGUCCCGGGAAGCCGCUGCUCUGAGUGCUGCUCUGUAUGCUGCUGUGUGUGCUUCUCUGAGUGCUGCUGUGCCACAGAAUGCCGGGGGCAGCGGUGCUGUGAGAGGGAACACUAUCAGCUCCCUGGGUUCCAUGUGGCUCCUUGCUGGCAUGCCUGCCACUCACUCUACUUCCAGAACCCUGGACAGCAACCUUAUCCCAUUGCUGGAGAGCUACUCCUUGUGUGGCCAACCCCUGGGGGUACAACUCCGCUGACAGCAUGUAGGGGGCCACUCUCAGCCUUCAGCCGCACUCUCUCUGCUCUGCACAUGGGGCUCAUGGAUACACAUUAAGAAAUGAACCCGGCAGAGGUUCUGCUGGCAAUUUUCCUGAUUGCGGUGCUCAUCGUGUCCUUACUUGCCAACCUCCUGGUGGUGAUUUGCUUCUUGUACAGCACCGAGAUCCGCAAACAGGUCUCUGGGAUAUUCCUGGUAAAUUUAUCUCUCUGCAACUUGCUUCUGACUAUCCUAAACAUGCCUUCCACUUUCCUGGCUAUCGUCAAGCACCAACAGCCCUUUGGCGAGAGCCUGUGCCAAGCCGUGGGCUUCCUGGAAACUUUUCUGACUUCUAACACCAUGCUAAGCAUGGCGGCUCUCAGCAUAGAUAAGUGGAUUGCUGUAGUGUUCCCUUUAAGUUACACCAGCAAGAUGAGGUAUAAAGAUGCUGCGCUUAUGAUGGGCUAUUCCUGGCUCCAUUCGCUCACCUUUCCUUUGGUCUCUUACUUCUUCUCUUGGUUAGACUACAGUAGCAUGUACGCUUCUUGCACUUUGCAUGCCCAGGAAGAGGCUGACACGCGGAGGUUUAUGGUAUUUACCAUCGUGUUCCAUGCUGCCACUUUCAUGCUCUCUCUGCUUAUUUUAUGUUUUACAUAUUUAAAGGUGUUAAAGGUGGCGCGGUUCCAUUGCAGGAGGAUAGAUAUAAUUACCAUGCAAACGCUUGUUUUGCUAGUUGACCUCCACCCCAGCGUGAAGCAGAGAUGUCUCAGCGAGCAGAAAAGGAGACGACAGCGGGCGACAAAGAAAAUCAGUGUUUUUAUAGGAUCAUUUGUGGUGUGCUUUGCGCCUUAUGUUGUCACCAGGUUAAUAGAACUUCUUCCCUUUGUAAAAAUAAACCGCUACUGGGGCAUUGUAAGUAAGUGCCUUGCAUACAGCAAAGCUGCGUCCGACCCUUUUGUAUAUUCCCUUCUGCGCCAACAGUACAAGAAUGUUCUGCUGAACAUUGUUAACAGAGUAUUAAAAAGAGAACUUUACCCUUCGUCAGGCUAUAACAGCUCCCUCGAUACAGAGAAUGACUACUGUUUGCACAGACCGAGCUAAGGCACUCCAGCGCUGCUGUGAUAUCAGUACCUUGAUCCUUCAUCAGAGGAACACAUCAUCAUCAUCUUCAGUUCUAUUAUGGAAAGUUGUCAUAACCAAAGGUCACACUUUUGCUUUUUACCAUUUUAUGGUCCCUCGUUGCUUAUAUAUACAUAUUUAUAUACUGUAUAUAUAUGCAUUCCUUGUUUCUAGGUUCAAACUCAACCAAAACCUGAAUCCAAAAUGUUGCACUACAAAACUAAGGUGGGGUGGCUCGGCACUUUCUCAAAAAGUUCUAGCCCAGUGUUAGCGCCCCCCAGAAGAACAUUCUUUAGUGCUGAUCUGAGCAUACUAUCCAUGCCAACAUAGAAGGGACCCAACAGGGAGGGCACAGUUGUCUGGACCAGGCAUGGAAUCAGAGGGUUGCAGGAUGUGUGGGCACUUACCAUAGUGCCACUUUGUCAUGGAGUAAAUCUCUGGCAGGAUAAUGGAUUCAGAUUUCUAAAUCUUCUACCUUAUUCUCCAAGUUUGCUCUCCAGAUCCGGACCCAUUUUUUUUUAAAGUAAUGAAUCAAAAAUUAGUACUUAACCCUCUGGUGUAUGCUCAGAAUUAUCCAUCUCAUGUAGUUUGGUCCUAGUAGAAGCAAGCUAGAAAUAACUGAAGCCAGUUUCACACAGUACUCCUUUUCCCCAAUGGCAGCAACAUCCAUGGUCUCUGCUGGUGUUUGUUAAGCAGCAGAGACCAUGGAUGGUCUUAUGUCUUAUGCCAAAGCAUAGACAUGAACUGCCCAUUCAGAACAAGUUGGUAGCUUAUGAAGCAAAACUCAUGUCUGACCGAUAUGUGGCUAAAACUUGUCCAUAUAUCAGAUUGGAAAAUCCCAUUGGAUAGGAUGUUAUUGACCAGUCAGUGCAGUCCUUGCUCAAAUGGGUCUGCCUAGGCACCUAUUAUGAUCCUAUUGUUGGCCUUCAGGUCAAGGGAAAAAUUGUUCAAAUGUCCCAGGUCUCCCUGCCAGCUUCUUAUCUCUGUUCUCCUUUGGAUAUAGUCAUUAACAAGCCAUAGAAAAUAAAGUCAGCGCUCCUGCGAGUUAAAGAUCAGAUUAGCCCUCUUUGCUCCACCACAACUGGAUCUUGUUUUUCCAACUUAAUGUAGACAUAUUUCUAAUUUAAUAUUAUUUGGUAAAAAAAUGUUUUCUCAGCCUUCAUAAUGAACAAUAUUAGCCAUAGUAGAUGUUGCAGUUGUGAGUCCACAGGGAGUGAGUCCACUAUCUAUGUCUUUUCAACAAGGCACUUUGAUGAAAUUAUUACUACUUUGGUAAAUAAUAUUCAUUCUCACCUUUAGAAAGCAACCUGAUGGUUUUGGGACCAUGGGCUCCAUCUGAGAUGAUCAGGGGAAUGUUGCAGCAUGUUCACAGUUUGCCCCAGGCCUAUUACCCAUAGCAACCAAUAAGAAGGCAGCAUUUAUGAAUUUGUUGUUUUGAAGCAUCUGUGCACAAACUAUGACCCUCCGGCUAUUGUUGAAACAACUCCCAGUUCCAUAACAGCUGAAGGGCUGCAUCACUAAUGUACAUAAAUCUACAGUCAUUACCCAGUAUAAUUUUAUACUUUCAUAUAUAUUAUAUACAUGAUAUAAUUUUAUACCAUAUACACAAUUUUACACUUCUUGCUGCUCUAGCACUUGCAUUUGGGGCACAACUAAAUGACCCCUCUAAUGUUCAUGAAUCAGGCCCAGAUUUUUGGAAUAGGCCACAUAGGACAGACUCUAGGGCAAUAGAUUUUUUUCAGUGAGGCAGGCUGUCUCUAAAAUGCAGAAAAUAGCAUUUGUGUCAUACAUUUUGUUGCAGCAGAAAACUAAUUAUUUAGAAAUUUUCCACGCAUUUUCUUACCCAAAAAAAUACAUUUUUUUACACUGAAAAGAGCACCCACCCCAAUGCAUUUGACUAGGGGAACUCCCAUUGACUCCAUUGGUGUGGGAAAAACAAACGCAGAGAAAAAGAUGCCCAUAGACUCCAAUGAAUUUGCUGAAAAUAUUGCCCAUGGUGGGCCAAUAUAUAGCCUACUUGUCUCACUGCCCAGUGAUCUCUUGACUGGCUGCCUGACCAAUGCCAAAUGCGUGCUUAACAUUACAUUUGAAGGCUGCAGUGUUUAAUGGUCAGGGCCAGAACUGGCCAGUGGGACACUGGGAAAAAAACCCAGUGGGUCCUGCUGACCCAAAACUGAUCCCUGGCAGGAAGCAUUGGUGCUAGGUAAUUAUAGUUAUUCUAGGUAAUUAUGAGAUAUAGGGAGCCCUUGGGGAGUGUGGGGGGCCCCUUAGGUGGCAGCCCUGUUGAGCCACGUACACCCCAGUCUGACCCUGUUGUUGGUUAAACUACCAGUUCCUGUGUAUCAAUAAAUAAGUAUUUGAGCUCAUUAAUACUGGCAUUAACAAUACUACUGGCCUAUUAUUAGAGACACGCAGACCACAUCAUGUAGAUAAAAGGUAGCAGAUUUAGUUACUUGGUACCCUACCUACAUAAUCCAACAGAUUACCAACAGACACAGGGGCUUAUUUAUUACUGGUCGGCUGCAAUGCAAGAACGCUAAUAUGUCCAGCGACAAUAUAAACAUUACUUGACGAAUGCAAAAAGAAUUGUAUUUUUAGGUUCCGUUACUAAAACACUGAAGCCCAAGAAACACUCUCACAGCAAUACAUUAGCAGUAUAUACAGUACAUUUCCCAUCAAUAUGGCAGAUGUUUAAUGAGUGUUUAUUGUUUUCUGUGCGAGGUUUAAUAUCUCAGGCUUUUUUUAAGUUUACAUUUUUUUGUUUACAUAUAUAUAUAUAAUUAGAGUCCAAAGAUUGUCCAUUUUCAAUAAACUACAUAUAAACUGAA